AUGUCGCCCUCUAAAGAUCAGGCACCAGUAAAGAAGGAUUCUGUUUCUUCGGAGCCAGAACCUCAAUUGUCGAAAAAACAAAACCCACCAAAGGAAGAGGAGCUUUCUGAGGAAGAUCAGCACUUGAAAGAUGAGUUGGAAAUGUUGGUUGAAAGGUUAAACGAACCUUCACAAAAAGUAGAAUUGUAUAAUGAAUACUUGAAUAGCUUGAAAGCUUUUAUUAAGGAUUCCACAACAUCUAUGACUGCUGUUCCAAAACCAUUGAAGUUUUUGAGACCACAUUAUCCAUUAUUGACCGAUUUGUAUGAUAAAUGGUGCGGUGACUAUAAAGGUGAUUCAGAUCUUGUUAUCAAGUUGGCCGAUAUCUUAUCGGUUUUGGCAAUGACCUAUUCUGACGAUGGAAAGAAUGACUCUUUGAAAUACAGAUUGUUAUCUUCAAGUGAUACUAUAGUGGAUUGGGGCCACGAGUAUAUGCGUCACUUAGCAUUGGAAAUUGGUAUUUCGUAUCAGGAAAACCUAGGUUCCGAUGAGGAUUUGAUUAACCGAUUGAUAAAAUUAGCAAUGCAAAUUGUUCCCUUUUUCUUGGAGCAUAAUGGUGAAGCAGAUGCAGUUGAUUUAUUGUUAGAAAUUGAAAAUAUUGAUAAAUUGCCACAAUUCGUUGACGAAAAUACUUUCACAAGAGUAUGCUUGUACAUGGUCAGCUGUGUACCAUUAUUGGCACCUCCAGAUGAUGUUUCUUUCUUAAACACCGCGUAUGCCAUCUACUUAUCCCAUAAUCAAUUAACACAAGCUUUAACAUUGGCAAUUAAAUUGGAUGAUGAGAAAUUAAUGAGACAAGUUUUUGAAGUGACUGAUGAUGAGUUGAUGCAUAAACAAUUAGGUUUCAUCUUAUCCCAACAAAACUCUAGUUUCAAGUAUGGCGGAGACAAUGAUGAAGUCCAAGAAUGUGUUUCGAAUACCAAGUUGCACGAGUACUACGGAUACCUUGUUAAAGAAUUAAAUUUGUUAGAUGCAAAAGUUCCAGAAGAUAUCUAUAAGUCACAUUUAGAAAAUUCCAAAUUUGGUUUAGGUAAUUCAGGUUCGAUUGAUUCUGCCAAGCAGAAUUUAGCUUCUGCGUUCGUUAAUUCAUUUGUUAACUUAGGUCAUGGUAGCGAUAAAUUAAUCCAAACAGAAGAAGAUAACAAAUCGUGGAUUUAUAAGACCAAGGGACAUGGCAUGAUAUCUACCACUGCAUCAUUGGGAUCUAUACAUCAAUGGAAUAUCAAUGAUGGUUUACAACAUUUGGAUAAAUAUACUUAUUCUUCAGAGGAUGAAGUCAAAGCAGGUGCAUUAUUGGGUACAGGUAUAGUUUCUGCUAAUGUUCAUGACGACGUUGAAGCAGCAUUAGCUUUAUUGCAAGAGUAUGUUUCUGACCCAAAGAAAAUCUUUCAAACAUCUGCCAUCAAUGGGUUAGGUAUUGCGUUUGCGGGAUCCUCAAAUGAAGAGGUUUUGAGUUUAUUAUUGCCUUUAGUUUCAGAUUUAGAUAUCUCCAUUGAGGUGUCAAGUUUAGCUGCUUUAGCUUUAGGGCAUGUCUUUGUUGGCACUUGCCAUGGUGAUAUAACUUCUACAAUUUUACAAACCUUAUUAGAAAGAGAUUUUACCCAAUUGACCAAUAAAUUCAUUAGGUUCAUGUCAUUAGGGUUGGGUUUGUUAUAUAUGGGUAAGACUGAACAAGUGGAAGAUGUUUUGGAAACUAUCGAUGCUAUCGAUCACCCAAUCAGCAAAACUUUGAAAGUUUUAGUUAACAUUUGUGCUUAUGCAGGUACUGGUAAUGUUUUGCAAAUUCAAUCAUUAUUACAAAUGUGUACGGCUAAACCUAAGGAUAAUUUUGCUGAGGAAAAGAAAUUGGAAGAAAGUGAAGAAGAUCAAUUAAAGAAGGAAGAUGAAGAAGGUCAGGCGAAAGUUAAAGCUGAUCCAAGUGCUGAUGUUGAAAUGGAAGAUACUGCAAAUGACACCAAUGAUAAGACUAAUGAUGCUAAUGACAAGGAUUCUAAGAAGGAGGAGAAAUCAGAAAGUACUCCAGAAGAGGAUGAUGACGAAGAAGAUGAAGAAUUGUACCAAGGGUUUGCGGUUCUAGGUCUUGCUUGCAUAGCUAUGGGAGAAGAUAUUGGGCAGGAUAUGGCCUUCCGUCAUUUUUCACAUUUAAUGCAUUACGGAAAUCCAUUAAUUCGUAGGGCAGUUCCACUUGCAAUGGGUCUCGUGUCGACUUCGUAUCCACAAAUGAAAGUAUUUGAUACAUUAUCACGUUAUUCCCAUGAUCCUGAUUUAGAAGUUGCUCAAAACGCAAUCUAUGCUAUGGGGUUAGUUGGAGCUGGUACAAAUAAUGCAAGAUUAGCUCAAUUGUUAAGACAAUUGGCCUCUUACUACAUUAAAUCUGCUGAUUCAUUAUUCAUGGUCAGAAUUGCUCAGGGUAUAUUACAUUUGGGUAAAGGUACUUUAACUUUAACUCCCUUUAAUACAGAAAGAUCGAUAUUGUCCAAAGUUUCAUUAGCUUCUUUAUUAACUAUUUCAGUUGCUUUGUUAGAUCCUAAGUCAUUCAUAUUGAAUGAUUCUAACUCUGAAACAACACACGAAUUAUUAUACUACUUAACACCAGCUGUUAAACCAAGAAUGUUAGUAACGGUUGAUGAGUCAUUAAAUCCUAUAAAGGUAAAUGUCAGGGUCGGUCAAGCUGUUGAUGUUGUUGGUCAAGCAGGUAAGCCAAAAACUAUUACUGGUUGGGUCACACAAUCUACUCCUGUAUUAUUAAAUUACGGUGAAAGAGCAGAGUUAGAGAACACUGAUGAAUGGAUAAGUUUAACUAAUUCUUUAGAAGGGGUCGUUAUUUUAAAGAAAAAUCCAGAAUAUAUGGAAGUUGAAAAUUAA